UGUCCGUGCUCAGAGCGCCGCGUGGUACCCGGACGCGGGGAGCUGCCGUUCAGCGCAGCAUGGAGGAGGCGGCGGCGGGUGAGGGCAAGGCGGGCCACGGUCGGAACGGCCAUGCCGAAGGCCCGGCGGCGGAGGAGCGGCGGGGCGGCGGGGCCCGGCUGCGGGGCUGCCGCGGGUUCCUGCGGCGCAACGCGCUGGUGCUGCUGACGGUGUCGGGAGUGGUGGCCGGGGUGGUGCUGGGGGCCGCCGUGCGCGGCGCGGCGCUGGGCCCGGCGCAGAUCGCCUACCUGGCCUUCCCCGGGGAGCUGCUGCUGCGGAUGCUGCGGAUGGUGAUCCUGCCGCUCGUGGUCUGCAGCCUGGUGUCGGGCGCCGCCAGCCUGGACACCCGCUCGCUCGGCCGCCUGGGCGGCAUCGCGCUCGCCUAUUUCCUGGGCACCACGCUGCUCGCCUCCGGCCUCGCCGUCGCCCUCGGCUUCAUCAUCCGCCCCGGCGCCGGUGCCUCCGCGCUCAACACCCCCGGGCUGGGGCUGCCGGGCGCGCUGCCCACCAGCAAGGAGACGGUGGACUCCUUCCUCGACCUCGUCAGAAACCUGUUUCCUGCAAAUCUUGUUGCUGCGGCUUUCCGAACGUAUGCGACAGAUUAUAAGAUGCUGCUCAGAAACACUACCUCUGGAAACACCACAUGGGAAAAGAUCCCUGUCGGUACUGAGAUCGAAGGGAUGAACAUCCUGGGACUGGUGCUGUUCGCUCUGGUUUUAGGAGUGGCACUGAAAAAGCUUGGCCAGGAGGGGGAAGAUCUGAUCCGUUUCUUUAACUCAUUCAAUGAGGCAACAAUGGUCUUGGUUACCUGGAUUAUGUGGUAUGUACCUAUUGGCAUUAUGUUCCUUGUUGGGAGCAAGAUUGUGGAAAUGGAAGAUAUUGUGCUUCUGGUGACCAGUCUGGGAAAAUACAUCUUCGCCUCUAUCCUGGGCCACGUCAUCCAUGGAGGAAUCAUUCUGCCGCUUAUUUAUUUUGCAGCCACACGGCAAAAUCCCUAUCGUUUUCUCUUAGGAAUUAUCACACCACUUGCCACUGCCUUUGCCACUUGCUCCAGCUCAGCCACGCUCCCGUCCAUGAUCAAGUGUGUUGAGGAGAACAACAGAGUCGACAAGAGGAUCAGCAGGUUUAUCCUUCCCAUUGGGGCCACUGUAAACAUGGAUGGAGCUGCUAUUUUCCAGUGCAUGGCAACUGUGUUUAUUGCUCAGCUGAACAACGUCGACCUCAACGCUGGGCAGAUCUUCACAAUUCUUGUGACGGCCACCGCGUCCAGCGUGGGAGCAGCCGGGGUCCCUGCCGGAGGCGUCCUCACCAUCGCCAUCAUCCUGGAGGCCAUCGGGCUGCCCACCAACGACCUGUCCCUCAUACUGGCCGUGGACUGGAUCGUGGACCGAACCACCACAGUUGUGAAUGUGGAAGGGGAUGCCCUGGGAGCGGGCAUCCUUAAUUACCUGAAUGAAAAGGAAAAGAAAGACAGAGAGCAGGAGCUAAAGGAAGUCACCGUAGAAGCAGUUGCUAACAGCAAGUCGGAAGCGGAAACGUCACCUUUGGUAACCCACAAAAACCCAGUCUCCAACACAACCAGCACAGCAGAGCCUGAAUCCAAGGAAUCAGUAUUGUGAACUCGAGGCCACUCGUCAAGACCAGUCCUAGAGGUGGCCCAGGGACUUGUCAACGCACCCAGACAUUUGCAGUGAAACCAGGGGCUGGAUGGCUCUUCAAGUGCUCACUUCCAGUCUGUUUUGAAAUAUGAUGGCCUGGGGAAGGGGAGGGAGGUGGGGUAGGCAGAGAAGGGGUGUUGAGAAGGAACACUUGCUUUGUAAUAAUAUUUUGAUAGUUUAUAUGUGUACAUGUAUACGUGUUGCACGUGCACACUUGUGUACAUGUACGUGAGAACUACCCUUGAGGCUUCUGGUGUAACAAGGCUUCCAUUAGUGAAGGCUCAGAUGGGUUGGAGGUAGGGAGGUAGACAAACCCAGUAUGUGCUUAUUGUAGGGAAAAAUUAGUAAGCUUAUUUUUGCUGCUGUUUGAAUGGAGAAGCAGUCUAGAAACUCCAGAGUGGGUGAAAAUGUUGCUUAAAUUUGUUUUCUAGCCUGGAAACACUUACGAACCAUUACAGCCAUGAUAUGAAGCAACAUUUUUCUCCCACUCCCCUUCCUCUCAUGUUCUCCGAUCCAUUAAAAACGUCAAGUAUGUCCUUAAAACUAGCUGUUUUCUAUUUUUAAUUUUUUUUUUCAUUUCAUACCUAAAUUAAUAGCUUAUUGGCACUUGUUUCAUUCUCCCACUGCAUUGCAGCUCAUAGCAGCUUUCCUGCCUUUUGGUGAGUAACUCCCAAACUGCGGGACCAAACAUAGGAGAUCUUCGUGCGGAUCAAGGAUUGGUUUCCUCCUUUCCUCUAACCAAGCUGUUAAGGAAAAAAUCCAGAGGAAGCACAAAUUUUAAAAGUUAAAGUAAUCCCUUUGGGGCUGAAAAAAAUGUUGAGUCUGUUCCAGCAUUAGUAUGUCUGAAAGAGGCUUGCCUGUGACAACAUCCAUAAAUCCAGAAGUCAGUUCCCUUCAUGAAAACACACAUGAUCCUCUGCUAGCACACCACGUCCUGCUCAUGUUUGUUUAAUGGGUAAUCCAAACAACUUUAGUCGUACUCCUCUUCCAGCAAAAUUGAAUAGGGGAGGAAAAAUUCUGAACACACAUCACGUGGAAACUGAUGACAGGCAAGUCUGAGUCUUGGCUUGAAAGGGGAAGAGAAGAGGUGAGUUUAUAACCCUAAGUAUUUCAGUGAUCUCUGUGUGGGAGCUGGCUACCUGUUCCUGCUAGGAGUUUGGUCCUGCUGUAAAUGUUCUUCUGGCAACAGUUUGCUUUUAGUAAUUCUGGGUGGUGCUGGGCCAGGGUAAUGCUUUAAUGGCAGAUGGUAACCUUUGCUUGAGGCUCAGCCAAAUGCUUCUGGAUUCUUACUCCUCCUUUUUGCCUUUACAGUGUCCUUCCUGAAUUUGCAUCCCAAACCUGAACAAAGUCUGGCAAACUCAUUGCAAAGUUCCUGUUGAUUUAUCUUGGGUCUUUGGAUGCUCAUAGGUAAAAAGUUAUGACUGUACACAUGCCAGGAUUUGCCUGGACUUCUGAUGUUUUCCCAUAGCUACUUCAGCAGAAGAUUGCAUGUGGUCAAUUUCCACACUGUUAAUUCAGCAAUAUAUAUUUACACUUAGCUUUGAUAUAAAGUAAUGCUAAGUCUCCCUUUUUCUUUCUUCUCUCUUGCUUCAGAGGAAUUUAUAUUGGAAAGAUACCAGCACUAGGAAGAGGCAACUCCAAUUCCAUAGCAGCAGCUGCCCUCCUUUGCAAAGCAUGCCUCCUGGUAAAGGGACACAAUUAAUUUUGCAGAAAGACACUCAGAGUGAGAUGUGGCCACCCCUGAGGGAGAGCGCGUCAUGACUGGCUGGUUAAUCCUGUGCACUGGAGCCAUGCAGACAAUCCAAGUAGGAAAGGAUUAGUCAGCCCACUGGGAAACUGCAGGUGGAGUUUCUUUUAAACAAGUUUAUUUAUAACCAUGUCCACAAAAUUUGGUCUUUCCUUGGCUCAUCUUCAAAAUGGAAGGAGACAAACACAAUUCUGUAGAGAUGUGUUUUGCCCAGCAGAUCAACUUUGCAUUUCUUCCUGUUAGAAUCAUCCUGGCUCCUUUCGACUCAGGAAACCAAAAGCACACUUUUAAGUCUAAGUGUCUCUGAAAAAUCUGAAUGCACCAGAACCCCAAAUACUUUUAUUUUAAAGCAGUAUAUGGAUGUCUCAAGGAAGCUGAAAAUCCUGACUGUCCCCUGUGUGCUGGGUUCUUGUCACGGUUUGAUACUGGCUAAGUGCCAGGCACCCACAAAAAAAACCAUCUACUUAUUUUCCUCUGCUGUAGCUGAGCAGAGGAGGGGGAAUUGAAGACUUCAUUUUCAUGAGUUAAGGAUUAUUGAUAAAAAACACUUUAAGGAUAAACAAGUUCACAACUUAAACAGUUAUGAAGAAGAUUUAUUAUUAACAGAAUUAAAAGUAAAAAGAGUAAUGAGAACCAAAGCAACCUUCAGAACACCUUUCUUUCCCAGUCCCUCCCUCUUUCCGCUGACCGAGCAAGGAAACAAAACAUGGGGUUUUGGUCAGUAUUUCACUUCUUAAGAAUUUUUCUACAGUACACUUAAGGAAGAGUUUCUUCUGCUGUGCCAUGGGGUCCUUCCCACAGGAGACAGUUCUCUGCAAACUUUUCUAGCAUGGUUUUAACUUUCACAAGCAGCAGUCCCACCUGAGCCUGCUGCAACGUGAGUCCCUCCCACGGGCCAAGCAGUCUUCCCACAACUGCCUAGCGUGGGUCAUUUUAGUUCAUGGGGUUUAGUCUUUUAAGGAUGAGCUGUUCUAGUCUGGAAGUGAAGGCUCUCUUCUAUCUCUGGAAGCCAGGGACAUCUCUCUCUGUUUGAGUUCCUCACUACAGUAUAGCUUUUCAGUAUCCAUACUCUUCUUCAUGGGCUGCGUGUGGAUCUGUGCACCCCCCCAGGCACCUCAUGAAUUAUAGGGAAACAGUUUGUUGUAUUAUGGUGCUGACCACAGUUUGCAGGAGAGUCUCAGCUCUGGCGUUUGGAGCACCUGCUCCCUCUCCUUUUUUUCCACUGACCUCGGUGCCGCCAUGUUGGUUUUCCUCAUGUGUCCUCAAUUUUCCUUUUUCUCUGACUUGGAAGAAACUUGGUGCCUGUAAGUUGGAGUUGAGAGGUUGAUCUUGUCCAGGCUCCACAGUGGGGAAUUGCUCUCCAUGUCUCUCGCUGCUGGCCACAUGGUCCCAGCCGGCCCGGCCGUGUGGUCCUUGCCGGCCCUGUGUGUGCAGCUCUGGCCUUGGGAGGGCCCUGGCCGCACGGUUCUGGCCUCAGGAAGGCCCCGGCCACGCAGCCCCUGGCGGCCCCUGCUGGGAUGGGCCCUGGUGGCUGCCUCACCACCCCUCAGGAGAAGAAAAGAGAACAUCCCGUGGUUUUUCCUUUCUUAAAUAUCUCAUCACAGAGGUGUUACCAACUUGUCUAAUCGGGCUAGUAACCUGCCCAUUGUCAGAGCCUUCAGCGAUUGGCUCUGUGCCGGACAUAGAAGUUUCGAGCAGCUUUUCUCCCACCCCCACCAAAAACCAGGCUGUGUUAAACCAACACAGUUCUGUAGUUGUGUUUUGUCAUGUGUAAAUGUCUGUCCCAUCAGACAUUUAGCUCCUGUGCUUUUGUGAGACCCCCUGGAAUACUGCGUUACAGGUCUGGUGUUCCCAACAUAAGGAGGACAUGGGACUGUUGGAGCAAGUCCAGAGGAGGGCCACGAAGAGGAUGGGAGCACAUCCCCUGUGAAGACAGGCUGACAAAGUUGGGGCUGUUCAGCCCAGAGAAGAGAAGGUUGCAUUGCAGUCUUCCAGUAUCUGAAGGGGGCCUGCAGGGAAGGCAGAGAGGGACUCUCUUUCAGGAGCUGUAGUGGUAGGAGAAGGACCAAUGGGUACAAACUGAAAGAGGGGAAAUUUGGUGAGAUACUGGCACAGGUUGCCCAGGGAAGUUGUGGAUGCCCAGCCCUGACAGUGUUCAAAGCAGUGCUGAGUAAGGUCUUGAGUAACCUGGUCUAGUGGGAGGUGUCGCUGCACAUGUCCGGGGGGUUGGGACUGAAUGAUCUUUAAGGUCCUUUCCAACCCCUUAACAUUCUGUGGUUCUGUGAUGCUCUCCCUCACCAUGACACAUGCAGCUAGGAUCAGGACAUGAGGGCAGCACUAAAAUGACAAUUCAUGAAGCAUCACAACACCAUUUCAGAGUAGAAAACAUCUCCAUUUUAAUUUUUUUUCACCCUGAAGCUGUUGUUGCCCACAGGUGAAAGUACUGACCUGGGCAAACCCAAAGGUUGGGCUUCCUUGCAGGCAGCACUUUGGGUUUGCCAUAUGAUCCUUCUUCCCUAUGGUCCUGCAGCUGGAGCGUGCCUCACCCUUGUAGCAGCGUGCCAUAGACUGUGGCACAUUGUUCCUGACAGGGGAUCCCAGGAAAUGGAGAAUUAAAGCAAAUAGCCCAGUAUUAGUAUUUUCCAAUAGCAAUGCAGAAGCUCAGAGUCUUCGCUGAACACCUCUCCCACUCCCCACUAGUGGAUUGCCAUGUUUUGCAUCAAUAUGAAUGUCUAGUCCCAUGUAAAGCUUGUUGGAGCAGUUGGAUUUAAGGAGGUCAACUCAUUCUCACAGCAGGAUUUUAAUCAAGGAAAUCUGACAAUUCCUUCUCUUGGAAACAGAUAUGAUAGGAUUCAUAUAAACCAUGAGUAUGCGGCUCUUAACCUGCCAAAAAUCUGUAGUCUUACAGAAGCCCUACUUUAGACUUAAAAAGGUGCCAGUUCUUUUGUUGUUUGCAGAACAAGAGGCAGCUAUGGAAUCAGGAGUGCUGGGUAACUACUGCUUGUCAGAACAUCUUCUUGGUCAUUUUUUUAUCAUUUAUGUCAGAAUUUACAUUUCUUGGUUUUCUGUGAUGUACCCAUUCCUUGCGAUAGCUAUGAUGCAUUCUAGAACUCUCUACCUGGAUUAUUUUCUGGAAUAUGAGAGAUCCAGUAUUGCCCUCUCUCAGACUGUAAAAAAUGUGACACAUUCCAACAACUGCCACCGUAACAAUGUGGAUCCUGGUGGAAAGCCUGGUAAGACAGAAGACUUGCCAUUUGCUUUAAGUGGUCAGAGUCCUCAGGUAAGGCCACUGGGAGAAAAAUGAAAGGGCUGUUGAGGGAUGUGCAUUUUAGAUGCUGUUCUUGAUCUGCAGUGUAAUGUGUUACACUGGGAGCUUCCUGUUCCAGGAGGCUGUGAGCUGAGAAGGUGCUCAGGAGCCUUGCAUGUGCAGCCAGGGGUACCUGCUCUGCUCUGCUUUCACCCAGGCACUCCACAAAUCUGGUGCCAGUGUGGUACUUAACUCCAAUGUCUCUUGACUGGACAUUUGUUUCUGUUCUCCUGAUAUAACUGUAAAUUGGAAACCUUUAGUCAUUUGCUUUUUUUUUUUUUUCCUAAGAGGAAAUAAAUUCCAUCUAGAAAACACUAUUUUUCUGUUUGAUUUUAGGUUGGGUUUUUUGUUGUUUUGGGUUUUUUUCUGGAAGGUACAAGUUCUCUCCUCAGCUCGUGUCCUACCCUCUAGUACAGGAAUUGCUUUUUGAGAGAAAGAUAUAGAAAUUACAUGGUGUGGUUCUUGGGGUGUCCUGUGCAAGGCCAGGAGUUGGACUCGAUGAUCCUCAUGGGUCCCUUCCAACUCAGUGGAUUCUGUGAUUCUAUGAAAUACUGCAUAAGCCUUUGGCAUAUGCAGUCCCACUUUGUCUCUGAUGUCAUUUAUUCUUCCACUUUUACCUUUUUCGGUGAAGUUUCUUUGACCAUUUUUCACCACCUUUUAUUUUUUCUCUAGGAUUGACUUUUCACUCCAUGCUUUAUCUGUCACUGCCUGAUCUCAUCCUGUUUCCUGGAAUACCUUAUGUUCUUUUUAUGUUUCAGUGGCUUAGGAAUAAAUGGGAGAGUGGACGGAGUUUUGAGGGCUCCAGUUUGCAUUCUGCUUUGCUCCUGUCCUGAACUCAGCAGAAGUUUGUGAGCCUUGGUAAUUUAGAGUUGCUGAGAGUGCAGAGCAGUAUCUGUCUCUCACACUGAGAAAGAUGCUUGUUCUGUGCUGUGAGAUGCAGCUGUAGAUGCCUGAAAAGCUGUAGUGAGCAGUGGAGGGUGCCAGGACUCGACUGCUUUUAGGAUAUUUUCAGUAAAGAUCCUGUAUUCCUAAGAACUGAGCUUCAGCUGAGUCUUGGUAAUUGCAAAGGGCUUUAAACCCUUCUGGGGAUGUCUCUUUCAGUCAGGAUGGUUUUUGUGUGGAGAACAGACUAGAGCCAAUCCCAGGGCUUCCCCUGCAGGGAUGUGACAAACAGGACUGUGUCCUUCAGACAUAACAGAGAUGUGCAGCCAGCCAAAGUACCACAUCAGUUGGUGAAACAAUCUCUGCUUUGUCUUCUCUGGGCAGCCCUGAGGAGGCAAUGCCCUGAGCUGGAGGUGGUGAGAGACUGGGAGGAUGGUAUGAGGGGCCGGAAGGUUUCAUGGUGCUUGCUCUGUUCCCAUGCUCUUCCCUGGGCAUUUGCUGUGGCCGGUGUCAGAGGUGGACAUGACCCAGUGCCACCAUUCUUACUCUCGUGUGGUUCCUCCUUAUUUUGCAGCAAGAAUAGGGAAAUCUGAGGUGUUUAGGCAAUUCCUCUUUCAGUCAAGUCAAAGUCCCUGUCAUCUCUGUGACUGACCACCCAGCCAUAUGUUGUAGGUUGUGUCCGCAAGAGCUUGCAAAAGGGACAAAACCACCACCUCUUCUGCAAAGAUUUGCAGUGUUGGUCAAGAAUCUGGGCUAAAUCUUCACUCUGGUCCUCUGCUAACACAGUGCCUUUCUGCAGCCACUGUAAAGCAUCAUCCUGUUGGAAAUGAUAAUUUUUCAUCCUGACCCUCCCAUAGGCAGUGAGCAGUGGGCCUCAGGUACCAAGUCAAAAGACCAAAAGAUAAACUCUCACCAAAGGAAAAUUGUCACAUCUUCACUGAUUUUACCAGAGCCUUGGCAGUUCAUAAUCACAGAGCUGCCUGUAAUGACUGAUCCAGUGACAGAUGAACAGCACAGAAUUAGGCAGGUUGCGUAAGUCCUAUACCAGUGCUUCCUUUUCUGUAAAUUAGGUUUACAGAUAUUUACGUGUCUUGCACAGGCAGUAGUGUGGAAGAUAGUGAGUUGCAAUGUUUGGAAAGCACUCUUAAGACACAGACCAGUAAAUCUUGAAGAAUAAUGAACUUUUCAAAAAUAUGAAAGGAAUCAAAUAAUGAAAGUAUGCAGAGUUGCAACUCUUGCAACUCUUGUUGUGCUAGGGGAGGAAUGACUGAUGGAAAGGAGAUCAGGUGGAUGCAUUUGCUGGGCUAAUUUGGGGGGAGCGGGGAGCUGGUGUCACUGUGAGCUGCAGUUCAGAAAAGGGAUGUGACUUAGUCAAGGACGACACAGUGCCCUAUUCUGUCUGCCUCCUUCCAGCUCCACCUGACAUGCCAUGAAAGCUUAGGCUCAGGUAAAUUAACAGACAUCACCAUGGAUUCAACAUCUAAACUGGGAGCCUUGACAGCUUAGUUCCUGACUAGUUUCAGGGGGAGAAGGAGUUUUUCAACUCAAACUCAAAGUUGUCUUGUCAGUGUGGGUGACAAAGGUAGAGAAAAAGAAGGAAGAGCUGGAAGGCUGCAGGGGCACCGUCACAGAAAACAGGGUAAGCAAGAGGAUAAAGGAGCAUCUUUUCCUUGGCAUUUUGAUAUAGAUAGGAUCAAAAAGGCUGCAGGCAUUUAUCUGGCACGUGGCAGAGACAAUGCAAAUCCCUGCCUGCUCCUCGGGCAGGAUUUGUGGGGAGAGGCAGGAGUGCUGAAGUUUCUGAAAUGCAUCUUCACUGAGCAACAAGGCAGCAUGCAGAGGGCCAGCGUGGAGCUCUGAUAAGCUGCUCCUGGCUGCUGGCCAUGACCAGAGGAAUAGCAGUACAGUUCUGGAUCAGGGAUUGACCCACAUUCCUCCCUGCAGGGUAGCUGGGACAAAUACUCCGCAGAUAAAUGCAUGGAGACCAUUAUUCUCCGAGGACAAAGACCAACUUGUUAUCUAUGGGAGCAUAUUGAUGAAAGCCAUGUUCACUUGCUGCUUCAGUUUCUGGCUGGAGGAAAAAGGGUUUGACAAAUGAUCUAAAACUUUCUCCAGGCUUUGGGCGAUACAUUGAGACAGUUGUCCCUGAAUAUUUUAACUCUGACAAUAAGUGAUCAAGAGCCUUAUUUGGCUCCUGUAGGUCUUCACAUCUGAGCACUGUCUUGGGAAGUUAAUGUUAACACAGAAUUCAUUCUCUGCAUAGGGUCUUUACAGACAUUUGUGACCAGCAGGCAUCAGUUCACAGCUGCCCAAGUGAAUGAAUACAGAAAAAGGAGAAAAAACUCUCUCUUGAGUCACAUGAAGAGUUGCCAAGCAGGCUAGGAGCAGACCCUGAGUCCUGAAGCCAGGUUAUUGUUAGCUAGCAACUAUCACCUCCUUAAAAAAAUCCACACCUAAGGGUUUAGAGAUAUAUUUGAUUCUGUACAGUUUUUAAUAGAAGAAGAAAAAGAAAAUCUCUUUGAUUCAAGAGUUCACAGUGUGGUUACUUAUCAAAUUAUAUCUCAGUGUCAGCAGCUGCAUCAUCCUUAACAGUUACGAAACCUCAUUUGGAUUUAACCUCAGAUCUCGGCGCCAGCAGGUGAGGACUGUGGACAUUUCAGCAGGCCAAUAGCUCUUAUGUAAAAUCCUGCUCAAGAAACACUUAUACUUGUCUCCCAAGGCCACAGAUGCUGCUUGCAAGGCAAGCGGGGCUACCAACAGGAACCAGCAUGAGGAAAUUAUUUUUGAGCCAACUCUGUUGCAAUGCAAAGUUAACGGUGUGGUUUUAAGCCAGAGAGACCAUGAAAUUCGGUAUUAGAUGUUCCUUAGGAUAGCUUUCACUUGCUCCUUCUGGUAAAACAACACAGAGAAAGUAAUGCUCUUCCUUGCCAAGCAUGUAUUUAGCAAUUGAAACUAAACUGCAUAUGGCAUGUGUGUGCAACUUAAUUGCAGUUGCGUGUUGCAGAAGGAAAUUACUAAGGGAACUCUUCUCUCAAGGAACUGUUUACACAUGUCUGAAUCCCCCAGAUUACAUUCCCACAGAAAGAAUUGUGCUUAACCAUAAAAACUACUCCAGAUAUUAACUGAUUUGGAUUGUAGCUUUUUUAAGGUCCAGAAGGAAUGCCACAAAAAGGACAGGCCAGGGCCUUCACUGAUGUGCAUUGAUGUAAUUUCCUGAGCUUUCCAUGGCUUCUGGAUUUCUGAUGGAGAUAUCUCCUUACAGCAUAGGGGAUUGGUCUGGGCCUUUUAAGAUGAUCCUGAUCAGCAAAGCAGCAGUAAAGCAGUGUUUUUAGAACUUCUUCACGGUAACUAGAGGCAUUUUACAUGCUCAGAGUAUUCUUAUGAUGUGGUGCCUCUAAUAAGAAAAAAGUGUUUUCCUAGUGGUCAGUGUUGAUGCAGAAGGAAAAUUCCUCAUGUUUUGUUCAGUUUGCCUUCUCUCUAUCCCUCCUGCAGUGUCUGUUGUGUUCCUUGGAGUCUGCCCAGAUCCCAGCAGGAUUAGGCUCCUAUAGUAUAGGAUAGAUCAAACUCAAAGAUAUUCUGGCCCCAUGUGAGGACAUGGACUGUUUCACAUCCUGUUAGGAGGGGACGAAGACAUGGUUUCAGCUUUGGAGAGCGUCUGGACUGAACAAACCCUGCUUCAUUAAGGCAAUACCUUAAUGACUUUUUACACUUAAUUGGUCAAAUAACUGUAACCAAGGUGGCCCAGCCCUUGCUGCCUCCCUGCUCCGCUCCACAACAGAUGCUCUGGUGACGUGUCUUCCCUGAAGGCCACUGUGGAGGUGAUGUGUUUGCCAUCCAUGAGCAUUCCAUUCUUUUAAGAACACAAUCUUACUUAAACUUCCUAAGUUACUAUCCUGGCUGCACUCUUAUAAGGUCGUGCUGUAUGGGAUGGAGACCACGCACAGAACCACAAAUAGCUGAGCAGACCUCUGCUCCUGAACUGCUUCUGGUUACAGCAAACUGAGACUGACUCACUCACACUUUGUGAGGGUGAAGAUAUUGAUUAUAUUUUGAUUAAUCCCUCAGAUGCAGGGAUAGCAGGAACACCCCUGAACAUGAGGAGUCCCCUUCUGCCUUAUUAUCCUUAAAGGUGCCUUGUCCUGGUUCCCUUCAGGACAAAUUCCAAGUUGCUGUUUGGCUUUCAAAUAUAACUAUGCACCAAAGCUGAAAGACUCCAUUAUUCCUGGAGACAGGAGGGAGAAUGUGAUGUCCUGGUGUGAGACAAGGAAAGUUGUUUUCUUUUCUUUAUCCUGUGAGCUCUGUGACAGCAAUCCUGAGGUGUGUACGUGUGCGUGUGCUUUUAUUUCUACCUGAACACAUAUUGCUCUAAUUAGGAGGGAGGAUUAUUGUAUUUUUAUAUGCUAAACCAUUUGAUUAAUUACUUUAAUAAAAAGAUGAACUCUGAAAUUCACUGCCAUCCACUCCAGUACAAUCCAGUAUCACUGAUACAAACGUACCUGCCUUCAGGUUAAAACCUUGUGCUUAAGAGUAACCACUCCAUUGAGGAAGAGUUUGUGCCAUGUGGGUGUGUUGAUCCUUAUGAAUAUCUGUAGCUGUUCCUCUUUUAAAGCUGUGGGUUUCAUCCUUGUGACUCCAUAUCAGCCUUUCCAUUGUCUACCCAGAACAGAUGGUACGUGCACAUAUGCAAAAAAAAGACCAUACUGCUGUGUAUGGGCGUGUGUGACCCUGGGGCAGAUGUUACAGAUGUUUGUUGUGUAAGAACUCCCUGCCUACCUGGGGAGCAACCAGUCCUGUGGCUCAGGUUGGGAUGGUUUGUUGUAUUUAGGAGGGUGACACAAUGGGAUACUCUCUUUUUCCCUUCUCUCAUGGAAAUGUAUAUUUGUUCUCUCUUUGUGUAGCUUCUCAAUGUGAAAUAAAAACCCACCCCAAACAGAA